CAAGCAAUCACCACCAUCCGGAGGAGAGAGAGAGAGGCGAAAGAGAGACGGAGUCACCACGGAGAGGAGAGAGAGAGAGAGAUCGUACAAGACGUCGCGGAGGUUUCAAAGAGAAGAAAGACAGAGAGAGAUACCAACUUACAUUAAGGUUAUAAUAAACAGACGGUGGAGAGCGCAGAGAAGAAGGUUUUUUUUUAACCUAACUUUCAGAAAGCGUAAGGUUAUAGCAACUUUACAAAUCUGAAUGCAAAAAGCGAAGCGAAGCUUCUUCCUCGCCGGAUUCCUUCCUCUCUGUUUCCGCCGCGAUUCGCUUGCAGUUACGGCGUCUGAGCUGAUUUUUUCAGGUAGAUCGUUACAUUAGAAGAAACUGUUUUUUUUUCUCUGGAGAAUGGUAGACUUUUGAGGCCUGUUAGUGAACAUAGAAUAGAGGAAGUGUGGUCUUGAGUGUUAGAGAGAGAGUUAGAGAGAGAGAAGGAUGGGAAGCUCAGGGACAGGUGCGGUGGACUGGACGGUGGGAUCGAUUGUGUGGGUGAGGAGAAGGAACGGCUCGUGGUGGCCAGGGAGGAUACUGGGACAAGAUGAUCUUGACUCUACCACUAUCACAUCUCCACGAUCUGGUACUCCUGUGAAGCUUCUUGGGAGAGAGGAUGCAAGUGUGGAUUGGUACAAUCUGGAGAAGUCCAAGCGGGUGAAGCCGUUUCGGUGUGGGGACUUUGAUGACUGCAUUGAGAAGGUGGAAACCUCGCAUGGGGUGACGGUUAGAAAGAGGGAGAAGUAUGCUCGGAGAGAAGAUGCGAUUCUCCAUGCUCUUGAGCUUGAGAAGGAGAUUCUCAAGAAGGAAGCUAAGCUAGAGACUGAUGCAACCAAGGAGAGAAUGGUUGUGUUGUCGAGUGUUCAUGGUGUUUCUAAUGGGACUUGUGAGGACGAGGUGCAUCCUCGGAUGAGAGGUUUGGUGGAGUUUGGGCUGAGAACAACCUCUUCAAAGCGGAAGUUUUCAUCUUCGAAUGGUCCUGGUACUACUUCCUUCAAGUCUCUGGGUAGAAGCUACUCUUCAGCUUCUUCUAGUGGAGAUCAUAGCAUGGAGAGGCCCUGCUAUAAUACCAUCGGGAAGAAGAAGGCUAAAAGGGCUAAGUAUAUGUUUGCACCAAAUGAAUCUAAUGAUGGUUUCGAUAGCCACAGGGAGGCAAUGCGUUCCUCCUUCGCUGGUGGCAAUUCUCGUUAUUCGCUUUCAGAAUAUGACCCUCCUGAUUUUUUGCAAGAUGUUGAAUAUAUUUCUUCUGAAUCCGAAACUGAUUCUUCUGAUAUGGAUGAGGAUACUGAUGAUGACAUUCACUUGCUGUCAGGAGCUGGGCGUCAUUCAGAGCAACACAAUACUUUUAGUAGACAUAUGUCAGCAGAAGAUGAAAGCACCAGUAGCGAGGAAGAUUGUUAUGAGUCAUCCAUUUCUGGCGACUCUUAUCACCUUUACUCCCAAGAUCCGGAUAGUGGAGCCGGUACGGUUUCCGAGUGGCAGCUCAAGGGAAAAAGAAACAUGCGAAGUCUCCCAAGAAGGUCUGCACGCAAGAGGGAAAUGCACCGUAAUCAUAUGGAAGAUGGAAGAUAUUCUGAUGAGAUGAGUGAUGGAACUGAUGACACUGAUCCCAACGAAAGACAGUUCGGAGAUAGAAUGAUUGGACUAGGAGGUGAUGAUGAAUAUCGGCUGUCAACUAUGUUUGCAUCCGAGUGUAAGAACAUCUACAGCCAUGACAUGCUGGACUGGGAUGAUGAUCCUUGGGAAGGCCAGAUUGGUUUGAAGAAGGGAAAACUCGAAGGUUCAGAUGCUUCUCAUCGACAUUUUGGAAGGAAAACGUAUCCUCCAUUGAUGGAUGUUGAUUUAGAAGUACAAGGAAGCUAUCGGAAAGGGCCUGUCCCGUUUGUCUCCCUAGUGAGCAAGUUAAAUGGCAGAGCAAUAACUGGACAUCCAGUAGAAGUCCAAGUCAUGGCAGAUGGUUCCUCUGAGUCAUAUUUUAAGACAGCUGAGUACUUUGGUAAUGAAACAACUUACCAUGACAAACCCUUGUUACUUCCCCCUGCUUGGAAGACUGCAAGGAGGAGUAGUUCACGGGUUCCACGGCUGCAUCGGUUAUCAUCAUCACUUGAAGCCGAUGCGGAGGACCAUUCUCCGCAGGGACGGAAACCACUUCUUAGGAAGCUUGGUUCGGGGAACUUUAGUAAUGAUGGCGACUCGGCGAGGAGAAGCAAUCUAAUGGGCAUUCCACGACCACCUGGAGAAAGAAAGAAGUUGACGAAGAACACAAACGCAACCCCUAGUCAAAAGACAAGAGCACUAUCGUCGUUCAGCAGCGAACAAGCACUACACGGGGCGAAGGCGUUGGGGGAUCGAACUCCCGAGCUCUCUAACAGACGGGUAUUACCAGGACCACCAACGGUGGCCUGCAUACCAGUCAAACUAGUGUUUAGCAGAUUACUGGAGAAAAUAAAUAGACCGUCAUCAAAACCGACCGUGAAAGCCUUCAACGAGAGAAGAGAUCAAUAACAUGAGCUCUCUACUCAAAGCCAAAACGAGAUUUACAGGUACAGAACAUAUAAGCAUUUGGUUUCUGUAGACUGGGGAUCACGUUUAGAGCAUUCGAACUCUCGGAGAGGAACCAUCAGGCUUUUAUAAUGUGAGGGAAAGUUAGUCAUAGGGAGAACAGUUCACGUAGAGAGACUCUGGUUACUUAUUGGUACAGAUCAGGUGAAGAGUUUAGAACAAUGAUACCACUGGUUGGUUUUGUAUAUUUUUCACUUUCUUGAGAAAGCUUUGUCUCUUUGAUUUAGCUCCAGCUUUAGGUAUUUAGUGUUAUAGUUCUUUUUUGUUUUCUUACUUGCUGAAUCUCUGGCUAAUUAAUUUACACAUUAUUAAUUUUUUUCA